AUGACACUCCAGUAUCGGGCGGAGAAGCUCGUGGCCUUAUGUCCUACCGAAACGUGCAAGCGACGACCAUGGUAUUGCCCGCAGAUUCUCUCAUGGUUGAAACGUACAAUCGGACACACAGGAUCUACACCUCUCAACAGAAAGCUGAAGCGUUUCGAGAGGGAGGAUGCCAUUGGAAGAAACACUGGGCCGGAAUGUGACUUCACUGACCGCCGAAUUGCUAUUCCUAGCCAAGUCUACUCGACCCCCAUGGAUGAUGUUGCGAUGACUAUUCAAGAUGGGGCGUGA